CCCAAAUUAAAGUAAAAAGGAAAAAUCAGUCUGACCGGAGCUAUAUAAUUAAUAUAUAUCAAGAAGACUCGUUUUAGUUGGUUUAGGUGAUUCAGAUCACAAAGUACACCGAGAAUGGCGUCGUACCGGCCGCCGUAUCCUCCUCUUCCUCAGCCACCAUCUCAAAAUUCUUUGGCCCCUCCGCCUCCCCCGCCGUCGUUACCCCCUCCUGUUCCUCCCCCACCACCGUCGCAUCAACCGUACUCAUAUCCUCCGCCGCCGCCUCCUCCUCCGCAUGCUUACUAUCAGCAGGGGCCCCACUAUCCUCAAUUCAACCAGCUCCAAGCUCCUCCUCCUCCGCCACCUCCCUCAGCUCCUCCUCCGCUCGUUCCCGAUCCUCCUCGACACCAGGGUCCCAAUGACCACGAGAAAGGGGCCUCCAAGCAGGUUGGAAGGCGGGAGCGUGCUAAACCGGAUCCAUCGAAGCACCACCACAGGUCUCAUCUUCCUCAUUCUAAGAAAAUCGAGACCGAAGAAGAGAGGAGGCUUAGGAAGAAGAGGGAGUUAGAGAAACAAAGGCAAGACGAAAAACAUAGACAGCAGAUGAAAAAUUCUCACAAGUCUCAGAUGCCCAAGGGACACACCGAGGAGAAGAAGCCGACGCCCCUACUCACCACCGACAGGGUCGAGAAUAGGUUAAAGAAACCAACCACCUUCAUCUGCAAGCUCAAGUUCCGGAAUGAGCUCCCUGACCCUAGUGCACAGCUUAAGCUUAUGACCAUUAAACGGGAUAAAGAUCAAUUUACAAAGUAUACCAUCACAUCCCUGGAGAAAUUAUGGAAACCAAAAAUCUUUGUCGAGCCUGAUCUUGGAAUACCCUUGGAUCUGCUUGACCUAAGUGUGUACAACCCUCCCAAAGUCAAGGCACCUCUUGCCCCUGAAGAUGAAGAACUCUUGCGUGAUGAUGACGCUGUUACACCUAUUAAGAAAGAUGGCAUCCGGAGGAAAGAAAGACCUACUGAUAAAGGCAUGUCUUGGCUCGUCAAAACACAAUACAUUUCUUCUAUUAAUAACGAAUCGGCAAGACAGUCGCUAACGGAGAAGCAAGCAAAGGAACUGCGAGAGAUGAAAGGAGGCAUCAACAUCUUGCACAAUCUUAACAAUAGAGAGAGACAAAUCAAGGAUAUUGAAGCAUCCUUUGAGGCAUGCAAGUCUCGACCAGUUCAUGCCACCAAUAAAAACUUGCAGCCGGUUGAAGUUCUACCACUGUUGCCAUAUUUUGAUAGGUACGAUGAGCAGUUUGUGGUAGCGAAUUUUGAUGGUGCUCCUAUAGCUGAUUCUGAAUUCUUUGGCAAGUUGGACCCUUCAAUUCGUGAUGCACAUGAGUCACGGGCCAUUUUGAAAAGCUAUGUGGUGGCUGGAUCAGACACUGCCAAUCCAGAAAAAUUUCUGGCGUACAUGGUUCCUUCCUUGGAUGAGUUGUCUAAGGAUAUCCAUGAUGAAAACGAAGAAAUCUCUUACACUUGGGUUCGCGAAUACCUCUGGGAUGUACAACCCAAUGCAAACGAUCCUGGCACAUACCUGGUAUCAUUUGACAAUGGGACCGCUAGCUAUCUGCCCCUACCCAUGAGGUUGAACUUGAGGAAGAAAAGGGCCAGGGAAGGAAGAUCUUCUGAUGAGAUUGAACACUUUCCAGUACCUUCAAGGGUAACUGUAAGGCGGAGAUCAACUGUAUCAGUGAUAGAACAUAAAGAUUCAGGGGUUUACUCUUCUAGGGUUGGUGCUUCGAGCUCCAAGAUGAGAAGAUUAGAGGACGAAGGCGGCCUUGGUAGAUCUUGGAAACACGAGCCGGAACAAGAUGCCAAUCAAUAUAGUGAUGGUAAUGAGGAUGAUUAUUCUGAAUGAACGUUUCGUGUACCUCAAACUAUUGAAUCGGUUUUGCAAUGGUUUUCCUGCAAGGCUAUUGUAGGCUAAUUUAAAAGCGUAAUAUGGCCUCCACCACAGCUUUGUAGUUUGGCAAGUAAAGAAAUUUUGAUUUGGAUAGCUGGCGAAGUUGAAAAACGAUUUUACAUGUACACGUCCAUAAUUAAUGAAUUGGCCAUUUACGACU